AUGACAAAAUCGACAGAAAUACAAUUAUUAGAAAGAAAUUUAUACAAUUACAUCCCACAAAAUUAUCAAAAUAAUAAAUUAUCAAUAUGGCACAGACUACCAAUUACAAGAAGAUCAGCAGUGUUUAUACUAUUAUUUUUAGGUAAAUUAGGAGAAUUAAGAGUAAUUCUAACCAAAAGAUCGUCAAAAUUAAGAAAUUUUCCUGGUCAUGUUGCAUUACCCGGUGGUAAAGCAGAUAAUGGAUUAGAAUCAGAAUGGGCAGUAAGUCGUCGAGAAAUGUUUGAAGAAAUUGGAUUAAAUAACUCAAAUGAGGAAUUAAAAAAGUUGGGAUUAACAAUUGAUCAUAUUACAAUGUUACCUAGUUAUUUAUCAAGAACAUUUUCAUGUGUUAAACCUUGUGUUGGACUACUAAAAAAUUUAAAUAAUAAUGAUCAUAUGGAUCUAACUACAAAGUUAAAUAUAGUCUUGAAUCCAGGAGAAAGUUCAUCGAUUUUUAGUUGUCCAUUAAGAGAUUUUUUACAUCCAAGUUUAGAUGAACCUAGUUUAGAAAGUUUAGAAAGAGUAAGUUAUAAAGUUAAAUGGGGUGGCAUACCUUGGGAUUUAAGAAGUUAUACUUUUUUACAAAAUAAUCCGAAUGAAGUAGAAUGGUUAAAAGAUAUUAAACAAUUAUCAAGUUCAGAAACGGAAGAAUCUGAAGAAGAAUGGGAAAAAGGUGAAACAUUAGAUCUGGAAGAUAAAGGAAGAGUAACACCUUCUAGUUUGAUUGAAAAGAAAGCUAAGAAAGUUAAGAAAAAGAACUUAUCUACUUGGGGUAGAUUAGGCUCAAGACUUGAUGAUGAAACAAAUGAAAAAAUAUAUGAUGUGUGGGGUUUAACUGCUAAUGUAUUACAUGAUUUAAGUGAAAUAGUAUAUUUAGGUAAAGACAUUGCUAAUAAAAGACAUAUUGGAGAAGAAGAAAUGAUUUAUUGUUUAUAUGAAUAUGGAAAUCAAAUGAGACAAAAGGAAAGAAGCGAAGAAGAAGUUAAAUUAAUCCACGCAACCCAUACUUCAGAUGAUAAAGAAUUUGGUUUCCAUACAAUAUUACCAACAUCUGAAUUCAAUAGAUUAAAAACUUUAUAUAAAUUAUAA